AUGGGUGCACGCCGGCGCAUCGUCUUUCCGUGCCGCUCGAGCGUCCGUGGCACCGAAGGUGUCGGCGUGGCGCACGUCGGUGGCCACGGAGGAGCGUCCGCCGAGCGACCGUCCGCCGGGUCCUCCCGGCCGUGCAGAUGGAGGCAGCUCAGCUUUGUUUCAGCCUCGCGGGCCCCCCGCUACCUGGGCGUCAGCGAAACCCGAUCUCCGCGGGCCGGGCGCACGUGCGCCGGCGGCCGCCGCCUGGCUCCUCCCGUCGGUGUCCGCACCCCUGGUCCCUCGCGCAGCGGCCGUCGUCGCGUCGGGUGGUGGCGCACCGCUCUGCAGCUGGCCGCCGGCAGCAGCAGCGACGCCGGGGACCAGUGUCCCGCGGUGUCGCCGGAACCAUUACCCGGACGAGGAAACGCGCCACGGGCUAAUCGGGAUUGCAGUUCGCGACCGGAUGCAGCGGCGGUGGCGGCGGUGGAAACCAACCAGCGGCGCACGUGCCUGGUGUGCCACAAGCGGUUCGCCUCCGAGCGCAAGUACCGCUCGCACGAGCUGCGCCACCGGAGCAAGAUGCUUGGUCGGUACCGGUGCGACGCGUGCUCCAAGUGCUUCGUGCAGAAAUCGUCGCUGGUGACGCACGCGCGGAUCCACACGGGGGAGCGUCCCUACCGCUGCCAGCACUGCAAUGCCUCCUUCGGGGACGUGUCGUGCUACAACAAGCACAUGCGUGUGCACAGCGGCGACCGGCCCUACGUCUGCAUCGCCUGCAACAAGAGAUUCACCCAGUCCGGAUCUACCGGUGGACUUGUUUCUUCGCAGCGGAACCAGUAG